CCCCCAAAGACAAGCACUUGCUAGUUGCUACGACCACCCACCAUUCCGAACACAAAAACCAAACAUAAAUUAUAAAAACAAAAAAGUAGUCCACCUUCUCUCUCUCUCUUUAAAAGUCUAGCAAGCAACCAACACCACACAAUUACCAAAGCAAAUAAAAAAAGAGAACAACUUGGGGGGCAUGGAUGAUCAAGAACCCACCGUGAGAGAAAUCAAACCUAAAAGCAGAAGAAUCAUGGUUAAUUAUCUACACAAGUCUUUUCUUAUAGCUAAUUAUGGAGGAGGAGGUCCUGAUCAUCAAGAGGAAAAGGAAGAAGAAGAAGAAGAAGAAGAAGGAGAAGAAAUGAAGUGGCCGGCGUGGCUGAGACCACUUCUGAAAACACAAUUCUUCGGGCAAUGCAAGAGACACGCCGAGUCAUGCAACAUGUUCUGCUUGGAUUGCAUCAACGGCCCUCUCUGCUCUCUCUGCCUCUCUAAUUCUCAUCCUCACCAUCGCACCCUUCAGAUUCGAAGGUCAUCUUACCAUGACGUCAUUAGAGUCUCCGAGAUUCAGAAAUAUUACGUCGACAUAACCGGAGUUCAGACCUACAUAAUCAACAGCGCACGAAUUGUUUUCCUGAACGAACGGCCUCAGCCUCGCCCUGGCAAGGGCGUCACCAACACCUGCCUCGUCUGCCAUCGCAAUCUCCUCGAUUCCUUCUCUUUCUGCUCUCUCGGUUGCAAGAUUGUGGGGACAUCAAAGAACUUUUGGAUGAACAAAAUGCGAGCCAAGAUGGCCGAGGGUGGUUCCGAUGGCGAAGAAUCGGCCAGCAGCAACAUCACCAACUGCAACAAUCCUAGUUCUUAUUCUAAUUCUAAGAACGCAAUGAUUCAGAGCUUUACGCCGUCGACGCCGCCGCCGACCGCCACCACUUACAGAACGGCCAAGAGAAGAAAGGGAGUCCCCCACAGAGCUCCAAUGAGUUCACUUAUUCUUCACUUCUAAUUCCAAGGUACUAAUUAUUAACAAUAUAAAAAAUCAUAUGUUGUGGCUUUAUAACAAGAGAUAGUCCCACUCUCACAUUAAACAUAUAUACAGAAAGAGAGGGUUUUCACUUUUCCACACCUGAGCCCUGUUCCCAUCCUUUGAGGCCGGUGCUGGAAAACCAUUCCUACCUUUUCUCUUUUAUAGCAAAAUGGACGACAAUAUACAGUAUACUCUUUUUCUUUUAUUUUCUUUUCUUUCCUGUAAAUAUAUAUAUAUAUAUAUAAUGUAAUGGAUAAGUUAUACAAAUUGAGCAAGUAUUUACUACAACAUAUACAUAUAUACAUAUAUAUAUAUAUAGUUGUGUAAUAAUAGGUGUGUUUGAUGCUAAUUAUUGUACAUACUGUUGUGUAUACAAGCUAGAACUCCCCCCUGUAAAAUUGUUGCUGAAUAAAACUUGGCUGUGUAGCAAAAUCAAACUCAUUGUAUUCAUAGAAUGGAGCUUCCUUUUGGUACUCGGAACGUGUUGAUGCUUCAUGCUUGUGUAUCGCCAAUUGCUAUGAAUUAUGAUCUUCUUCUUAUCCAAUGGUU